CUCCUACAAGGGGGGGGGGCGGUGGAUUCCUGCAGCGCACAAAGAAAGGGGUGCAAUACCCGCUACCCGUGGCCUGCUCCGCGUCUCGGAGGAGUAGCUUGGAUGCGUUUCAAGAGAAAGGCGCCCUCCUACCUUCACGCGUUGCGCUCCCUACGCCGCGUGAGUGUGCCCUGAUGUUUUUUCGUGCGGGGGAGUCGAGCGGAGGACCAGACGCGCCACGAGUCCUUUUCGCGAACGAGUCGUGGGUGAAAAUCGCAAGUUUGCCCUCCCAAAAGUGCAAAUGCCUGCGAUGGAUUUUCUAAAUCACCCACUUUGAGGACAUUCAUCAUCCGAGGUUUUGUCGGCGCGCUCCGACGCGCGCCGCGCUAUUGGCCGGGGCGCGCCAUGUGACCGCUCAACUUUGCACUUUUGCCCGGGCGGAGGAGGGAUUUAGGAGCAGAAAACGACAAACGCGAGAAAAAUUAGUAUUUUUCCACCCUCCGAAAUUUAUGGCCAUGAGCUCGUUCUUGAUGAACUCCAACUAUGUGGACCCCAAAUUCCCUCCGUGCGAGGAGUACUCGCAAAACAGCUACAUCCCUGAGCAGGAUGCUGAGUUUUACGCUGGCGGGGGGCAGCCGGCGCCCGCACCGACAUUCCCCGCGCCGCCGCACCAAGCGCUGUACGAGUCUGCGACCGACUACAGCCCCGAGGAGCCGGGCUACAGCUGCGAGCGCCUCCUGCACGUCUCCGCGGCGGCGGCUGCGGCUGCUGCGGCCGCCGCCGCCGGCCGGGGUCUCGGCCAGGCACGCCGGCCGCCCGACUCCCAGAGCCGCGGCCCCGAGGCGAGACAAGCGGCUCAGCACCGCUCCAAGGAGUGCGGCGAAUCGGAGGGCGCGGCGCUGGCAUCGGGAGUGUGUAGCCAGAGCGGCGCGGGCGGACAGCAGCAGCAGAGUCAGCAGCAGCAGCAGAACGGAGGAGCGGCACUGAAGCAGCCGGUCGUGUACCCGUGGAUGAAAAAGAUCCACGUGAGCACAGUGAACCCCAACUACACCGGCGGGGAGCUGAAGCGCUCGCGCACCGCCUACACGCGGCAGCAGGUGCUGGAGCUGGAGAAGGAGUUCCACUUCAACCGCUACCUCACCCGCCGGCGCCGCAUCGAGAUCGCGCACGCGCUCUGCCUCACCGAGCGCCAGAUCAAAAUCUGGUUCCAGAAUCGGCGCAUGAAGUGGAAGAAGGACCACAAACUCCCCAACACCAAGGUCAAAUUGAACACAGCCUCGUCCACCCCUGCCAACCCCGUGUCGCAGGGCGCUUCGCAGUGUUAAGUGGGGGGGGGGGGGGGGGGGGAAGGGAAGUCGGGGAGCGCGGCGCUCUCGAGCGUUCGAGUCGGUGGUGUCCGCGGGUUCCGAUGCCGCGUGCCCCCCCCCCCCCCCCACUUCUUGCUCUCAGACGCGGGGCGGGGGGGGGCUCCUGAGGUUUCUCGCCGUUCACGGACGGCCGAGACCGGCGAAAGGAUCGGGGCGUUGACGCGAGUUUGCAUUCAUUCCAGUCUCGUAAACAUUUCCGUAUUUAAUUCACAGCUUUAAAGUUGCAGCUUCUCUCGACGUGUGUCAAAAUCGCCCCGCCUGGUGUUGCAGGAUGUCAUUUAGGUGAAAUGUUGUGGCUUCACGUGCAGUAUUUAUAUACUAUUUGUAAAACGCAAUAAAAUUCGGACGAAAAGUUCAUUUUUUGUUUAAUGUGAACGCGGUGUACUAUACUUAUAAUAUUGACAAUAAUAUUAAUUAUAUGAACAAAAAAACACCCACACAAUUCUGUCCAUGUAUAUAUUCUUGCAUUUUUAGAAGAAGAAAAAAAACCUAUGUAGGUAUAGGUGCUGCCCUUGUGUUGUAAAUUAUAUUGUUGGUGUAAUUUAUUUUUUUAUAUAACAUCUCCGACUGUCGUACGAAAUAUUUUUGCUGUCUCGGGUUCUCACUGUUCUUUAAGCGUCACUUUUGUCGGCAUUUGUUACAUUUUAUACAAGAGGCGGCGGUGCAAGACGUCGUGGUGGAAGGUUCUUGUCUCGUGUUAUACAGGGUUGGGCAUUUGAAUGUCGUUGCAUAACGUUGCAAGUAAUCCGCUCGGCGGCCACACACACAGACACAACACACAGACACACACACGCGCGCGCACGCACCCAGGAGCCAACGUAGACUGAGCCGCGGGGAUACUUUAGACCACGGAGAUUCGUUUAAGAGUGCCCCCUGAACGCGCAGGGGGGGGGGGGGGGCUAUCCGUCGUGCGCGCAGCGAACGACAGAGAACGACAGCAAACGUCGUAAAUAAAGUGUUUCUCAAAUGUCAAGUGGCUCGCUC